AUUCGAAUCUCAGUUAUGGGUUAUGGGACAAAUUGGUGUAAGUUUUCAAAAGAAGGAAGCCCAAUUGACGCCUCCACAAUGCAUUUGAUUUGAUGUUGUUCUUCCCUGUUCUUGUUGUGUUGAGGGGAAAUUUCUCUCUCUUCCCCUUCUCACUCUUCUUCCUGCUAUGCUAACACCUUCACCAAAAUCAUGGUGUUUUGGAAUCACCACAUUAGAUUAUUGCCCCACAGAAAGCACAUCAGACUCAGAACAUUCUCUCUUCUCCUAUCCUCCUGCAGAUUCUUUACCACAUUGAAGAAGAUCUCCUACGCCGAAAAUGUUGAAACUGUUGAAGAAAUUUCAAAGCUUCUCAACCACAAUAGCUGGAGCAUUUUAAUGGGGUCAUCAGACAUCAUUAAGAAGCUAAACCCAGAAGUAAUUCAAGCUGUUCUUCAUCAUAAUCAGUUUUCUGAUCCAAUUCGGCUUCUGGGGUUCUUCAAUUGGUCGCAUUCUCAACUGGGUAUUCAUCACAAUUUGUUAUCCUACUCAGUUUUAGCUGUUUUGCUUUGUAAUUCUAGCUGCUUUCCUCUUGCGAAUGGGGUUAUUGAGCGCUUGAUUGAAACACGGCCUCCUUCUUAUAUGGUUUUCGAUUCAGUGGUUAGUUGUGUUAGGGAAUAUAAUAGGCGUGAUUGUAGUUCUGUCAUUUUUGAUAUAGUGAUUAAUGCUUACAAGAAAAUGGGCCUCUUAAAAGAGGCUGCUGACUUGUUCUUGUGUGUAAAAGAUGGUGAUUUUUGUCCUAGUUUAGUUUGUUGCAAUUCUUUGUUGUCUGAUUUGUUGAAGAAGAGUAUGAUGGGUGUGUUUUGGAGGGUUUAUGAUAAAAUGUUGGAGGUUAAUCUUGGUCCUGACAUAUAUACUUAUACUAAUUUGAUUAGUGGUCUAUGUAAAGAAGGGAAGGUUGAGCAAGGUAAAAUGGUGAUUGUGGAAAUGGAAGAGAAGGGUAUUAGUCCUAAUUUGGUGACUUAUAAUGUACUUAUUAAUGGUUUGUGCAGAACCAGUGCCCUAGAUGAAGCUUUGGAACUUAAACGCUCCAUGGCCGAGAAGGGCCUAACACCCGAUAGCUAUACUUACUCGAUACUCGUUGAUGGAUUUUGUAAAAAUAGAAGGGCUUGGGAAGCAAAGUUGCUCUUGGUAGAAAUGAUGGGGAAGGGUUUGAAGCCUAACCAUAUUACGUAUACUUCUUUGAUAGAUGGGUUUAUGAAGCAAGGUGAUGUGGCAGAGGCUCUCGAAAUUAAGGAUGAGAUGACUGCUUGUGGAAUUAAGCUGAAUUUUGUGACAUAUGCCGCAUUGAUUAGUGGUGUUUGUAGGAUAGGUGACAUGGACAAGGGAAAAGGUCUAUUGUUUGAGAUGAUUAGGUUAGGUUUAAGUCCUAGUUCCCAAAUCUACAGCUAUUUGAUUGAAGGUUAUUGCAGAGAAAAUAAAAUGGAGGCGGCCUAUGAGCUGCUUGCUGAGAUGAAGAACAUGAAUUUGUCCCCCACAGCUUUCACAUUUAAUGCAAUAAUCAAUGCGCUUUGUCAUGUUAGAAAUGUUCAGUGUGCUUAUAAAGUUCUACAAGAAAUGACCUUUUGUGGUAUAAAACCAAGUGUUGUCACUUACACUACUUUGAUAAAAGGUUAUAUUCACGGGGGUAACUUGGGGGAGGCGAUGAGAAUUUUUGAAGAAAUGAAGGAGAAAGGGAUUCCACCUGAUGUUUUUUGCUACAAUUCUCUUGUAAUGGGCCUCUGCAAGGGUGGAAGAAUGGGUGAAGCAAGGUCUUAUUUUGAUGAGAUGUUGGAGAGAGGAUUAAAGCCAGAUGCAUAUACCUAUGGUGCUUUAAUCCAUGGAUAUUGCAAAGACAGGGAAAUGAAAAUUGCCAGUAGAUAUCUUGAGGAGAUGUCAAGGUGUGGCAUUAAACCAAAUGAUAUCGUCUAUACAGCUUUUAUUGAUGGACAUUGCAAAGAAGGGAAUAUCGAUGAAGCCAUGUUGUCCUUUGAAGAUAUGCUCAAGCAGAAAGUACUCCCUGAUUUACUCGCCUACAGUGUGCUCAUCCAUAGUCUCGCCAAGAAUGGAAAGAUGCAAGAAGCUGCACAGGCAUUCAUAGAGCUUAGAGCUAAGUGUCUGGUGCCUGAUGUGUAUACUUACAGUUCCCUAAUCUCUGGAUACUCUAAGCAAGGAGAUAUGACAAAGGCUCUUGAACUUCUCGAAGAGAUGAGACGGGAAGGUGUUCAUCCAAAUAUUGUAACUUACAAUAGUUUGAUUAACGGACUGUGCAAGUCUGGUGAAAUAGAGAGGGCGCAUGAACUCUUUUGUGAGACCACUGCAAGGGGGUUGGCACCAAACAGUGUGACUUAUGCUACUAUUAUAGAUGGCUAUUCCAAAUGUGGGAACUUAGUGGAGGCGUUUAGAUUGUUUGAUGAUAUGCAACUAAAGGGCAUACCAUGUGAUAGUUUUGUCUACAAUUCCGUUAUUGAUGGUUGCUCCAGAAAAGGAGAUUUGGACAAAGCUCUGUCCUUAUUUCAAGAAAUGCUGCACAAGGGUAUUGCUUCAACUCAUACUUUCAAUACAUUAAUUGAUGGGUUUUGCAAAUCAAAUAAGUCGGCUGAAGCAUUAAAACUAUUGCAAGAUAUGCUAGACUUAAAUAUUGCACCCACCAAUGUGACAUAUACCAUUUUAAUUGAUCAUCACUGCAAAUUGGGAAUGAUGGAGGAAGCUGAAGAUCUCUUCUUGGAGAUGCAAAAUAGGGAUCUAAAGCCAACUACUGUAACUUAUGCCUCCCUUUUGAAUGGACAUAACAAAACAGGUAAUGGGCUUAAGUUGGUGUCUCUUUUCAAUGACUUGUUGAACAAAGGCGUUAUGCCUGAUGAAGUUGUCUAUUCCCUAAUGGUGGACACUUAUUGUAGAGAAGGAAAUUGGAUAAGAGUCUUUCAGAUGUUGGAUGAAUUAUCACUUAAGGGUUUGACAUUGAAGGAAAAUGUAUGGGAUGCGUUAGUUGAAAGCCUAAACCAGAAGGAACAAUUUUCUGAAGCCUUAAAUCUACUUGAUGAUAUGGAACAACAAGGUCUCAUGCUUAGUUCAAAUGCUUGCACUAAUUUAAUUCGUGCUUUGUGUCAAUCCAGACAUACAGACGAAGCAGCUAAAUUUCUUGAGACCAUGGUUCAAUUUAAAUGGGUUUCCAGCUGCACUAUCUUGAAUGAUUUCAAUCACAUUAACGAUCAAGACAAUUCUAAGAGUCCCGACCAAAUUUCAGGGCAAAGGGUAUUGAAUGUUGCUAAUCUGGUGUAAAGUCGUUCAGAGAAUGUUGCCUUGUCACUGAUCUCAUGCCGUGAGACUGCCAGCAGGCGCUAUUGCAGGGGAUGUCGCACAAGUACAUGGAAGAUCUUGGAAAGCAUUACAUGCUUUUGCUGCAUUUGGAGAAGGGAAAAGAAAAAGGACCCUUCAGCUGCAGGUUUAUAGUUAAGAGAGUUCCAACAAUUAUGUCAUAUCUCUUGAUUAGAAGUUGCAAGAGUGCAAGUGGCUGAUUGGUCAACUAAUAAAACAAGCAGUAACCAGGUUGCAUGGUUCUCCUGGAGAAUAUAAUGCACAGCUUUUUCAUAAGCUCUGGCAUAGCAGUGAAGGAAGUUACACAAUCUACUGAAAAUUGAAAGGCUCAAUUCCUUUGACAAAGGAUACAUAUUGAAUGGCCUGACAAGGGCCGACCAAGGGGAGGAAAGAGAUCGCCUUGCUGGUCCCCCCCUUCUGGUUCAAAUAAUUAUUUAUUCGUGCAAGUUUUUCAGAUUUACUAACUUCCGCAAUCCUAGAAUAAGUCAUCUAUCAAGAUUCAAGAUUACACAGCCAUUGUAGUAUAAUACUGGCAUUGAAGAACAGAAGUGUACUCUCACCUGUCAGCUGCAGAAAUUAACACUACAGCUGAGAAACUGCAGCAAAAGAAAAAGCCUUCUUGCUUUAGAAUGCUCUGUACCAAAAAUAAGUACAUGCCUGUUUUUUUUUUCCUAGUUUAAAUGCUUCUGGUAGUAUUACUUUUUACCAAGGCAUACCAUUUUUUGUUAGAUUAAUUGUUUUUUUUGAAUGAAUCUCUUGUAAAUACUGUUGUAGACGAGGUUGACGUUGCAGGCUGAAUAUCCAGUAUAUUCAGUAACUACUGAUGUAAUAGACCAGGUUGAAACCGAGAUUUACCUGUUAACCUA